AUGCUCACGAGUGUUCAUGACUGGUUUAACGGGAUCUGUAGCAGGAAGUAUGCUCAGGUCAAGACAAGCAUAGCAAUAUUUGGGGGAAGGAGAGACGAAGACGGCAUGACAGGCCUAAUGCGGGCAGCUAUCCUUGGGGACGCGGAAAUGUGCCAGAUCCUCGCUAUUUCUGAGUCCUGUGCUACCACACGUACAGGCUUCACUGCUCUGAUGUAUGCAUGUCAGUCAAAUAACACUGCAUGCUGCAAAGUUCUUGCCCCUCUGGAGCGACUGGUCAUUCUCCCCGACUGUAGGACGGCUCUCAUGAUAGCUGCAGAAGCAGGUUCCUAUGAAUGUUGCAAGGAACUACUGGGGUUCUUAGGCCCUGAGCGAGACUCAAAUGGCAUGGGAGCCCUUGAAUACGCUAUCAUGGGGAACUACCUUGAGAUUGUGAAGCUCUUGGUGAAGCAUGGAAACUUGGGAAAAUGCGAUCUUAUUGAGUGCGCCAGAUUAGCUGCACGAGAAGGCUACAGGCAGAUAGCGUCUUGGUUGGAUAACUGGCUCCUUACCAACAAGCAGAUAGAGAACGCUAGUACUCUAGUGACAAGUCAUUACAGGACAUCAUGCUCUUCUCCUCAGCUUAGGGGUGUGUCUCCACAACGUGUUCUCAGGCAGAUAUUGUCUUUACCUGAGCAACCAAAUCCUGGAAUCCAUCAGACAGAGUUAACUAAGCCGGCAGACUUACAGAUACAGGAAGAACAAGGGAAUACACGUGAUGGACAGGCAUUGGAUGGUAACUUUGUGUCUCCAGAUGGACGGCCAGGUAAGCAGUUAGAUGAUGAAAACAGGCAUGAAUUCCCGAAAAUGAAUGCAGCAAAGGAUCCCAGCAAUCGUAAAAAUUAUGUUGUGCAUUACAGUGCGUGCCGAGAUGAGAACUUGACCAAGAGUGCUAUGGAGGACAAAGGGGAGAACGAAGUUCUCUUUCACAGCCUCACUCCAACCUUGAAAAGCCCCGGUAGCAGUUUAGGUAGUAAUAGUCGAACGAGUCAGACUGCGUCUCCGAUUAGUACAAUGCAGAAGCUUGACAACUUCAUUCCCUGUCACGCCAACAACAAGCCGGGUGCUGGCCUUACACACAUUGAAGAAAAGCUCUCUCAUAGUGACCUAGAUACUGCCAAACACAUUUCUGAUGCUGUUAAUGGUUUUACAACGACCCACGAAGCGUUGGAACAGCUACAACACUCUCUACAAUCUUCAGCAACGAAGGCUGAAGUGGACGCUUUAUCCCGACGUCAACAAGUGGAACUUGACUUCGACGCUACCCCGCUGAUGCAUGCCGCUGUUUCGGAUGACCUCUACCAGGUCCAAAUAAACAUGAAGUAUGCUCGUACUGUUACUAGCAAUAAUCAAACGAGUCUUAUGCUUGCCAUUCAGAGCGGGUCACUGAGGGCCGCAAAGGAGCUUGUGAUCAUUGAGGCCGGAUUUCAGGAUCUGGAUGGACGAACCGCUCUUAUGUAUGCCGUACAACUGGGGUCACUGGAUCUGGUGGAGAUGCUUGCAGCUGUUGAGUCGGGCCUUGUUGAUUCUCAUGGGUGUACUGCUCUCAUGUAUGCUGUGAAGGACAAUAAGGAGAACCUAGCUAGCAUACUUGUACGUACCGAGGGGUGUAUUCGCAACAAUUAUGGAGACACAGCUCUUCAUAUCGCUGUUGCAUCUAAGUCAUUUGCAUGUAUUCCAUGUUUGGCCGCUGUUGAAGCACGUAUUCGUGACUCGCACAAUAGGACGGCGCUGAUGAAUGCGUGCGCUCUCUCUUUACUCCGGGCCAGUCAGAUUCUGGUUCAGUAUGAGGCAGGGCAGGUUGAUGAUCACGGAAACACGUGUCUUCACAUGGCAGUUUUAUCGGAUAAUGUGUCUCUCAUUUCUAUUCUGGCGCCGAAGGAGGCUCAUAUUCGAAAUGGAGCUGGGAAAACGGCAUUGAUGCUAGCCAUAGAUAGGGGGAAUCGUGAGGUCAUAGAUGCUCUAUCCCACUUCGAGGCCUCUGCAGCAGAUCACAAUAAUGUAACACCGUUGAUGUUAGUUUCCGAAACUGGGAUGAUUGAGUGUUUGCCAUCACUGACUCGGCAUAGCAAGAAUAUUGAUCAAUGCAACAUACAUGGACAGUCUGCUCUUGUGCUUGCACUCUUAUCUCAACACUACGAAGUUGCGGCAGAGCUGUCCCAAACCGAUGGACAGGCAAUUGCAGUGCGUGCACAGUAUAACCCAAGGGAUAUAGACAAGCAGAUUCGCUUCGGGCAUGCAGCCAUUGAUGACAACGAUAUAGUGAGCAUUUGGGAGUUUGUGCGGCGUCUUGAUCCAGACCGGACUGAUAUAAGGUAUGAGUUAUUGGAGCAUGCUUUAAAGGCAAAUAGGCUGGGCAUUGCAACUCUCAUAUCUGACUCUAUCUGGGAGAAAGCCUCCUUAAAAAAGUACAAUGCAGAGCUGCAUCUAGGUCUUAUCGAUCAGCACAAUCUCAUCAAGGGCGCUGAACUAUUUGUGCAGCGAAACCUACAAACACUGAUGCGAAACGCGUCUCUUCGAAAGAAGCUUGAAAAGACCAAGGUAGAGGACCGCGAUGUUAAAUAUGAUGCCAAUGGAUAUACUCCUCUUCACAUAGCAGUAAUGAACAAUGAUUUGAUUGGCGUGUGGCAAACACAGGACAUCUACGCAACUGCCACAGAUAACCACGGAAAUACGGCACUGAUGCUUGCAGCUAUCUAUGGAUACGAGGAAUGUGUUAAAAUUCUCAUUCCAAGGGAGGCUGGGCUGAAGCGGAACACUGACGGUGUCACAGCAAUGCAUCUAGCGCUUCUUCAUCGCCAUAUAAACGUAGCCGAAGUUCUUGCUCCGGUAGAAGCUCCUGACGUUUCCUCCUAUCGGCGUACCAACAACCAGCAGACAGAGCUGAUGAUAGCUGCCAUCAGCAACGACUUGCCUCUAUGUUACUGUCUGCGGAGGCUUCAGCAGGGUUUAGUGGACCAAGAAAAGAAUACAGCCCUUAUGCUUGCAGCAACAAGCGGACACGAUGCUAUGGUCGCCCUUCUUGCCGAGUACGAGCAUGGGCGUCAAGAUCUCAAGUCGUGGUCCGCUACUAUGCACGCAGCGUUUCAGGGUCAUACAGAGUGUGUUAGAAUCUUAUCUAGUUAUGAAGCAGGCAUGUCGGAUGUCAGCGGAGUCACGGCCCUCAUGCUAGCGGCUUUUAAGGGGCAUACGGAUAUAGUCGAGCUGCUACUCUCAGCCGAGGCAGGACUUCAAACACAAACAGGAUUCACCGCACUUAUGUCGGCAGCUCGUCACGGACACGACCACAUCGUUGAAUUACUUAUAGAAUAUGAGGCCGGCAUGACCACCAACCAAGGGGUCACAGCGCUUAUGGAAGCAGCUACUCUGGGCCGCACAGAGAUCGUGAAGUUGCUUGUCACCAGCGAGUCUGGGUUCAGAACAAACGCAAGCCAUCCAAACGGCGCAGGAUUCACCGCAUUGAUGGCUGCAGCACAAGGCGAUCAUCUUGAUUGCUACGAAAUCCUGUACCCAUACGAAAAGGAUGUGGUCCAGCUUGAUGGCACAACAGUUAGCGCGUAUGCAACAGGUCCGCAAUUAAAGAGGUACUUGUCCUGA